GGACCGUGAACUGAAGUCCAAGGUCUUUCUCUCUCUAAAAUCUCUCUCUCUCUCCUCAGAAAAGGAGAGGAAUCGCGUGAAGACGGCCAACGUGUGCGAAUCAAUCCUCAUCGACUUUACCUUUCGAGGAAUCGGAGCCUAGAGAUGCCCUCGAUUGCCCUGAUUCCUCAAUUUUAGCCAUGCAGGAGUGAGGAGAUAGAAGGCACUGAGGUUGGUGGGAUGAUGGAGGGUUGUGACUGCAUUGAACCUCAGUGGCCUGCUGAUGAGCUCCUAGUAAAGUACCAGUAUAUAUCAGACUUCUUUAUAGCGCUUGCUUACUUCUCGAUUCCUCUCGAGCUCAUUUAUUUUGUGAAGAAGUCUUCAUUUUUUCCUUAUAGAUGGGUGCUAAUACAGUUUGGUGCAUUCAUAGUUCUCUGCGGAGCAACACACUUAAUAAACUUGUGGACAUUUACCAUGCACUCGAGGACAUUGGCUCUAGUAAUGACAGUAGCAAAAGUUUCGACUGCUGUUGUGUCGUGUGCAACAGCCUUAAUGCUUGUACACAUUAUUCCUGAUUUGUUGAGUGUGAAAACUAGGGAGCUUUUCUUGAAGAAUAAAGCUGAAGAACUUGAUAGAGAGAUGGGCCUCAUACGAACACAGGAAGAAACAGGAAGGCAUGUUCGAAUGCUUACUCAUGAAAUUAGAAGCACAUUAGACAGACAUACUAUAUUGAAGACCACCCUUGUUGAGCUUGGGAGGACUUUAGACUUGGCAGAAUGUGCUCUAUGGAUGCCAUCUCGUACUGGCAUGACUCUUCAGCUUUCGCAUUCGCUGCACAACCAAAUACCUAUUGGAAGCUCCGUGCCUAUUAAUCUUCCUGUAGUCAAUCAAGUUUUUACUACUAAUCGUGCAAUAAGGAUCCCACACACAUGCCCGUUGGCUAGGAUACGGCCUGUUGUAGGGAGAUAUGUGCCACCUGAGGUUGUUGCUGUUCGAGUUCCUCUGUUGCAUCUUUCCAAUUUCCAAAUUAAUGACUGGCCUGAGCUUUCUGCAAGAAGCUAUGCGGUGAUGGUCUUGAUGCUUCCGUCAGAUAGUGCAAGGAAAUGGCAUGUUUAUGAACUGGAGCUUGUUGAAGUGGUUGCGGAUCAGGUGGCAGUUGCACUUUCACAUGCUGCCAUUCUGGAAGAGUCCAUGAGGGCACGUGAUCUACUUAUGGAGCAAAAUGUUGCUCUGGAUUUAGCUCGGCGGGAGGCUGAGAUGGCCAUUCGUGCUCGAAAUGAUUUUCUGGCAGUGAUGAAUCAUGAAAUGCGAACUCCCAUGCAUGCAAUUAUUGCCCUUUCCUCUUUGCUCCUAGAAACUGAACUAACUCCAGAGCAGCGGCUAAUGGUGGAAACAGUGUUAAAAAGUAGUAAUUUACUAGCAACACUCAUCAAUGAUGUUUUGGAUCUUUCUCGGCUUGAAGAUGGGAGCUUUGAGUUAGAAAAUUUGAAUUUCAAUCUUCAUGCUGUUUUCAGAGAGGUCAUUAACUUGAUAAAGCCAAUAGCAGCUGUAAAAAGACUAUCAGUGUCUGUGUCAUUAGCACCAGAUUUGCCCUUGUGUGCAACUGGCGAUGAAAAACGUCUUAUGCAAACUAUUCUGAAUGUUGCUGGUAAUGCUGUUAAGUUUACAAAGGAGGGGUAUAUUUCCAUAUCAGCCAGUGUUGCCAGAUCUGAUUCUCUGAAGGACCCGAGAUUUCCAGAGUUCUAUCCUGUUGCCAGUGAUGGGCACUUCUAUUUGCGUGUGCAGGUCAAGGAUACUGGUUUUGGAAUUAGCCCACAAGACUUGCCGCAUGUCUUCACCAAAUUUGCACAUACCCCAAAUGGAGCCGAUAAAGGCUAUAAUGGCAGUGGGCUUGGACUUGCCAUCUGUAAGAGGUUCAUAAGUCUAAUGGAAGGCCACAUCUGGCUUGAAAGCGAAGGUAUAGGAAAAGGCUGCACUGUCACAUUCUUUGUGAAACUUGGAAUCUGUGAGAACCAAAGUGGUUAUCAGCAACAGAUUUUUCCUGCAAAUCUAUUGAGCCAAGAAGAAAGAGAUCUUUCUGGCCCUCGGCCGCUCUUUAGAGAAGAGAGCAGACUAGUUCCUUCAAAGCUCCGGUAUCAAAGGAGUGUGUAGUAUUCUCGGAGUCGACUGAUAGCACCCAGGUAAGGUUAAAUUUUGAUGGUUCGCAAAGGAUUGAGAGGGUACUUACUAAGCAAAAUGAGUCCAAUUGACAUUGUUUGGAGCGUUCGAGCUGUUUAUCACAGUGUUUUUCAAGGUAAUCUUAAUUACAUAGAAAGCUAGAGCGGCUGGAUUGAACUCCAUAACCAACUUGCUUCAUGUAAAUGUUGAUGAGUGCACACAAGCAUUAAACACUAGAAGUAUUUCAUCGUUCUGAUCUAAUAGUCAAAUUUGUUUGGAAUUCUACUUGCGUGUUAUGGACUUGCUUUGAUUUA